CCAGGGGCAGUGCGGAGAGGCCGGUACGUUUCCGUCGUUCGUGAGGCAUCCUGAGGUUGACGUCACUUCUGACUAUCGUAGCGUCCAAAGAAGAAGCCGAGUACGACCUUCAGUGUUGAGCCUGGACAGAUCUUUCCUUCGGGCGCCCUGUAUCAGGCCAUGCAGCCCCCGUAUCGGCCGCAGGCUCCUACGGCAGCUAGCCAGCCUCCUGCCUUUGACCCGUAUAGCCAGGAGCAGCUCGCUUACGCUCCGGGAGCCCCAUCUUUGCCUCCUACAACGCCCGCGCCUACUGAGACUGGGAAGCUCAGGAAGACACCGUCGCGAUCACAGCCUGUGUCCCAGCUUACCACACCAGGCGCGCACCAGCAACAACCUGGGCCAUUCAGAAACCAUCCUGGACCACCACCACAGCCAGCUCCUGUUGGGCAGCUUCCUGAGCGACCAACGGAUGCCAUGCCCCCCCAGUUCCAUGUUAGUGGCCCUAUACGUCCGAUGUUGCAACAACGACCGUCGCAGCGUUCCCACGUACGAUUCGAGUCCCCGUCAAGGCCCGAAGUACGACCACCUUUGAAGCAGGGUUCGGUGGAUGAAGCGUACGAUGGCAUGGAGAUGCCGGGGCCUCCGCCUCUCCCUGUUGCCCACAAUGCACCACCCCCACAGCAGCCUCCGCCGCCGCCCCAGGAAGACAAGUCGCCACCAUUGCCCCAGAAACCUCAGUCCCGGCCAGGUUCGAUGUACAUGACCUCGUCCAGGAACGGGUCAGCCCUUCCUCGCCCCGACAUCCCUCUUCCACCACGUCGCCCCGUACCGAGUGUUCAGACUCCGCUGCCUCCACGACAUCUGCCUAAGCAGCUCGUCAUGCCCGCCCCCCUGCAACCCCUCGAGGACCAACGCAAAGCCGAGGUCGCUCGGCUGGCGCAGCAACACAGAGCGCAGGCAAUACCGCAGGAGCGACGUUCGGAGGAGGGCCCUGUGCGCUAUCCGGAUAUCCAUACCCAUGAUGGACGGUACAUGCUGCACCACUCAAUGUCGCAUCGUCAGUCUCCGGUGGCACAGGUCCCAGAGAGAGCGACAGUGACGAGGGCUGCUAGUCAAGGACAGAAUAGGGCACAGUCGGUCCAUAGUUCUGCCGGACCGAACGUCUUGCGCAAGCGCUCUGUCAACAGCGCGUCCACACCUCUCGUUGGGCCCGACGCAGCAGCUUCGAACACUACCGCAGCGAUGUUCGCCGCGCGGGUUGUCGAUGACAGUCCCAAGGGAAAGACUGUCGAACGUGUUGCGAGUGGCGUGUGGGCCAGGGAUCGCGUGAGGGAAGAAGAAAUCCAGCGCGAGCUUGCGAGGGAGCAAAAAGUUGAAAGGAAGCUGAGCAAGCUGACGAGAAGGCUACGAUGAACGAUGGUGGCAAGUGAAAGCCCCUACGCACGGCUGGCGUACUGCGGAUCUAACUGCACAGACGGUCAACUUUUUACGACUCGUGAUGAUUGAUGACCUUUGCCAUUUAUGCUUUAGUCUGCGACCGCGCAAAUACCUGUAUUCGAUGACCACGGACUUGUUUUGACCUCUUGGGCUGUUGUUACCAUCUCCCAUACACUACUCCCUGCAUUGCGGAUACUCAAUAUUUUGCUCACCCCAUCUCUGCUGUAGAACACGCCCCUGUUGUAAUUACCAGUGUCGUUCGCUUUGUAGCAUCUCUGUAACCACUCAUCGCUUACUUACCGCCAGUGUUCCGUCGUGGAUCAUUACCUAGCUGUCGCUCCAUCUAUGCUACUCGUUUACCAUGAUUCGUGUACGAAUUAUUGAUCACAAAUUGUGACACGCUGCGCUUAAGCCCAUUCA